UCUCCUUGCCUCUCACCCUGCGAGGGCUUCACCUGGAGCUCCAAACUCAGACAUGAGACCGUGCUCCCAGAGCGGGGCCCCCGUUCUCCUCGGCCUCCUGGGCCUCCUGGGCCUCCUGUCCCGCACAGUUCUGGCUCUGGAGAGGCGCUAUUACAUCGCCGCUGUGCACAUAGACUGGAGCUACGCCGCGCCGGACGAGGGCAGCUCAGGCCCCACCUAUAAGAAAGCGGUGUUCAGGGAAUAUGACGCUGAUUUCAAACAGGCCAAGGCCCACCCACCAUGGUUAGGUCUGCUGGGGCCCACGCUGAGGGGGCAGGAAGGAGACGUCAUCGUGGUCACGUUCAGAAACAUGGCCGACAAGCCGUACAGCAUCCAUCCGCAUGGAAUAGCCUACGGGAAGAAGUCAGAGGGUUCUCUGUACUUUGACAACACCUCCCUGUUUGAGAAGGAAGACGACCAGGUCCUGCCAGGGGAAGAGCACACAUAUUAUUGGGAGGUGACCCCUGAGGUGACCCCAAAAGAGGAGGACCCCCCCUGUAUUACAUAUAACUACAUCUCCCACUACGACAUCGUCAGAGACUACAACUCGGGACUGAUUGGUACCAUGCUGGUGUGUAAAGCAGGUAGCCUCAAUGACAAAGGAGAGCAGAUUCAUUUCUUCCAGGAGUAUGUUCUCCUCUUCGGCGUGUUUAAUGAAAGUAAGAGCUGGUACACAACAGAGAGCACGCCCCCUAGUGGCCCUGUGAAGUACACCAUCAAUGGCUACACCAAUGGCGCCAUACCUGGUCUGAAAGUCUGUGCCCACACCACGAUGAGCUGGCACCUGCUGGGCAUGAGCUCCCAGCCAGAGCUCUUCUCCGUCCACUUCAACGGGCAGGUGAUGCUGCACAUGGGGCACAGGGUCUCGUCUGUGGGGCUCAUCAGCGGAACCGCCACCAGCGCCAACAUGACCUGCUCCCACCCGGGCCGGUGGCUGCUGUCCUCGUACGUCAGCCGACACAUGGAGGCUGGAAUGCAUGGAUACCUGAAUGUUCAGACCUGUGAGGGAAUCGCUGCACCCAUCCGAAAACUGACCAUCCAACAGAGGAUACAGAGUCAGGAGUGGACCUACUACAUCGCCGCUGAGGAAGUCGUCUGGGACUACGCGCCCAACAUGCCCGACUACAUCGACAGCGAAUACAGGGCGAAAUACCUGCGGAGCAGUCCGGAUCGGAUAGGCAGGAAGUACAAGAAGGCGGUCUUCACGCAGUACAUGGACGACAAGUUCACAGCCAGGUUGGAGCACAAGCAGAGGAAGAUGGAGACGGGGGUCCUGGGUCCCGUGAUCAGAGCUCAGAUCCGGGACGUGGUGAAGAUCGUCUUCAAGAACAUGGCAAGUCGACCGUACAGCAUCUACCCACACGGACUGACCAUUAAUAAAGCUGAAGAGGGGGCCAGCUAUCCCGAGGGAGGCAACCAGAGCAGUGCAGUGCAGCCGGGGGAGACUCGCACCUACGAGUGGAAGGUCCUGGAGGAAAACGAGCCCACCGGCAGUGACUCCAGGUGCCUGACCCGAAUGUACCACAGUGCUGUGGACACGCCCAGGGACAUCGCCUCUGGUCUCAUUGGACCCCUUCUCAUCUGUAAGAGCCAGUCCCUCAACAAGAAGAACAUACAGCUGAAGGCUGACAAGGAGCAGCAGGCAGUUCUGGCUGUUUUUGAUGAGAACAAAAGUUGGUACAUUGAGGACAACAUCAAGUCUUACUGUGGUGACCCUUCAAAAGUGAACAAAGCAGACCCGGAAUUUUACAGCUCAAAUGUCAUGCAUUCAAUAAACGGCUACGUAUAUGACAGCGGGCAGGUUCUGGGGUUUUGCAAUGGCGAGAUAGUGACCUGGCACAUGUCCAGCGUCGGAGACCAGGACCACAUUCAGACCGCCACCUGGCACGGUCACAGUUUCGAGCUGAACGACGGAACCGAGGACAUCCUGAGCCUCUUUCCCAUGUCUGGAGAGACCAUCACCAUGAACAUGGAUAAUAUUGGCCACUGGCUCAUGUCAUCAUUAAACUCCUAUGAGGCCAAAGAGGGAAUGAGAUUGAAGUUCAAAGACCUCGAGUGCUACAGAGACUAUUAUUACGAAGACACUGAUAAAGCUGAGGCAGAGUUUUCUGUGAAUAUAUGGCAGCCCGAGGACAUGCAGAAACUAAAGGAACAGGAAGAAAGAAGGAAGGAGGAAGAAAAAAUGAAGAAGAAUGUGAGAGAACCAGCGGAACCUGACAAGUUCACGGCGUACUAUGCGGAAGAACUCGGAUUUGACCUUCGGACGUUCAAAAACAAAUCGCAAGGACCGGCAGACGAUGUGGAAUUGUUGGACCUUACUCUGUUUGAUUAUAGUGAUCAGGUCUACCCAACUAAAAACACUACUGAGAAUCAAAGUCUCUCUUCCUCUACCACCUCACAGAACCAAACACGCCCAGUACUAGGGUCUGAAAAGAUACCAACAAAUUUGUCAUUGGCCGAGGGGGCAACGGUUGAUGAAAAUGUAACGAUGGUAGGAUCAUUUAACGGAAGUAGGAAUAUGACAAGGAAACUGAAUGAAACUGCAGGUCAUUUGCGUGCUAAUGUUAAAAAUGCACUCACUAAUGACACUGUGGCUGAGACGACCAAGCUGCAUGUGCAGAGAGAUCGAACUGUCGCGUUAACCCUGGAGACCAACAUCACCGGCCAGAUCACUCACGCUGUGGAGAGUGUAGCAAAUGCGACGUUGCUAAGCCAGCUGAAUGGGAGCUCUGGAGUGAACCAGAGAGAAACCACUCCAGAUCCAGCAAGCACCUCACACACGCGGAACACAACAGCAAAGGUGUCCGAGGACAGAACCACAGGGAUCACUUCCUUCUCCUACGCAGUGCCCCUGUCAAAGCUUCCCUCCCACAGCACUCUGGUAGAGAUGGACAAUGCGGACAAAGAAGACUUUGUGUUGCUGGAUGGUGGUGGGGCCUCUGUGGAAAUCCACACUGAUAAUGACAAAGUGAUGGUGAUAAACCACCAGGACCAUCCUAAAGCUGGAGUGCUGUAUAGCAUCUCCCCUGCUCUCACCUUCCCUGAUGAGCAUCAGAAGACAUUGCUGGGUUCAGAGGGCGCCAUGUUGAAUUCAGAAAAUACGGCGUGCAACGGCAGCUGUCCUAAAGAGUUGAACACCACCGGACCUGCAGUUGAAAUUCACAACAUUAAUGGUACAAACAAUGGAAACCUAUCUGUGAAAAUCAGUAACAGCACUGCGCAAAUGAACUAUACCCUGCUUGUGGAGGCAACCUCAAUGCCAGGUGUGAACAGAACGGAUUACGCUUCUGUAAGAAGCCCGGCGCUUCUGAAACCACAGUCAGACAAUGAAACGUCCCCUGAGACUGUAGCGUCAACCUCACAGGAUGAGGUUGUUCAGGAUGUUGGAAACAAAGCUCCUAGUUUUGAGCACAUUUACACAUUGGAGGAGCCCAGCUCUGAAAGAGAGAACGGCUCCUCUAUAAUUCUGGGUAUAAAUGUUACACUUUCCCCCUCCUUAACGAACGUCUCAUCAUCACAGAAUUACACAGAGGUAAUUUCGGGUAGAAACGUUACAUUUUCCCCUGGCUUGACAAACAUCACAUCGCCCCAGAAUUACACAAAGGUAAUUUCGGGUAGAAACGUUACAUUUUCCCCUGGCUUGACAAACAUCACAUCGCCCCAGAAUUACACAGAGGUAAUUUCGGGUAGAAACGUUACAUUUUCCCCUGGCUUGACAAACAUCACAUCGUCCCAGAAUUACACAGAGGUAACUUCGGGUAGAAACGUUACAUUUUCCCCUGGCUUGACAAACAUCACAUCGUCCCAGAAUUAUACAGAUGUGUCUCGAGAGGUAGGGCACAUCGGGGAUCCCCACGUAGGCAAUGUCUCCUUUGCAGUUUUGGGGUCCUCCUCGGAAUCUGAGGAGGACCUCCACAGCAGUUCAAAGCAGAACAUGUCCGAGAGCCGAGAGGAAGUGGUGAUCUACCUGAAGAACAACACCAAGGAGGCCAUCCUCACCGAGUCCCUGGAUCUCCAGAAGGAGCACUGGAGUUAUGACGGUGGACACCAGCUGGUGCCCAUGGAGGUUCCCGGAAACAUGACCAAGUACACCAGAGAUGAGCCCAAGUCGAGCGGGAACGACUCAAACACCAAACGAGAGGAUGAACGCAAGAAGAAGGGCAAAAAAAGAAAGUGGCCCGCAAGUACAAACAACAUGAAAACGAGGAAGAAGAAGGUCUACAAGGCCCAGCCCAGCAGCGGGAUCUCUCCAAGGGGCCGCAAGCCUCCCGCGCUCACCCCCAGGGGUUCCAGGCCCAUCACCAGCGAGGAGGACCUGUCCUCAAAGUCCAUCGUUAUAGGGGUGCCGAGACGGGAUUUCAACGACUAUGACUUAUUCGUACUGCAGACGAAUGAAGAUCCCUAUCACAAUAUUCCUCAAGACAACCCCGGGGAUGAAUACGAGUACGUAGAUUACAAAGACCCGUACAGCCAGCCCAACGACUUAAAAGAUAUGGAUGACUCUACGAAGUACCUUUUAAAAGUGGCGGGAGAGAACGCGAAGACUUACUUCAUUGCCGCGGAAGAAGUUGAAUGGGAUUACGCAGGAUACGGGCAAAGGAGACAGGAGAGAACGAACAUUAAUGAUAAGCCAACGCAGUUCACUAAAGUUGUCUUCCGGAGCUACCUGGAUAGCUCCUUCAACACCCCAGAGAACAGAGGAGAGGUGGAUGAACACCUCGGACUGCUGGGUCCGAUCAUAAAGGCUGAGGUCGACCAGACCAUCGUGGUUGUUUUUAAAAACCUGGCCAGCAGACCGUAUUCGUUGCAUUCCCACGGCGUUUCCUACACAAAGCAAACGGAAGGUCUGAAGUACGAUGACGACUCUACUCACUGGUAUAAGAUGGAUAAUGAGGUUCAGCCUGAUAGCACAUACACUUACAUCUGGAAGGCGGAUAUAAAGUUUGGGCCGAAGUCUGAUGAUUCGGACUGCAGGACGUGGGCCUAUCAUUCUGGUGUGAAUCCAGAGAAGGACAUACACUCAGGGCUGAUCGGGCCCCUGCUGGUCUGCCGCAAGGGGACUCUGGAGAAGGACCAGGAGUUGGCCAAGAUGCGCGACUUCGUCCUUCUCUUCAUGACGUUCGACGAAACCAAGAGCUGGUAUUACGAGAGGAACAUGGAGAAGAUGCAGAGGAAACACAGGAGGGCCGUGCUGGACCCCCAGUUCACACAGAACAUCCAUUUCCCUGCCAUAAAUGGAAUUAUAUUCAGUCUGAAAGGACUCAGGAUGUACACCACGAAGCUGGUCAGGUGGCACCUAAUUAACAUGGGGUCUCCAAAGGACUUCCACAGCAUUCAUUUCCAUGGACAGACCUUCUUGGACAAACAGACGAAGGACCACCGCCAAGGAGUCUUCCCACUGCUUCCCGGCGGCUUUGCGGAUUUGGAAAUGGAGCCUUCGAAGCCUGGCCUGUGGCAGCUGGAGACGGAGGUGGGGGACCUGCAGCAGAGGGGGAUGCAGACGCUGUUCCUGGUUAUAGAUGAGUCCUGUGCACAUCCACUGGGCCUCAUCUCGCAGAGUGUGAAAGACUCACAGAUCACAGCCUCUCACUACACAGGAGAGUGGAAACCACAUUUGGCAAGGCUUCAGAACUCAGGUAAAUACAACGCUUGGAGUACUGACCAGGACGAUGGAAACUGGAUCCAGGUGGACUUUCAGAGGCCGGUGGUGAUCAGCAAAGUGGCCACACAGGGUGCAAAGCAGCUGUUCACCUCUCACUAUGUGGAGAAGUACACAAUCUCCUACAGCACCGACAGGAGGAAGUGGACUGUCUACAAAGGGAUCAGCAACAGAAAGACCUUUACGGCGAAUGAAAAUUAUCACGAGGUCAAAGAAAACACCUUCUUCCCUCCUUUGAUUGGUCGUUUUGUUCGUCUCAUUCCCACCCAAUCCUAUAAUAGGCCAACGGUGCGCCUGGAGUACUAUGGAUGUGAACUGGACGGAUGCUCUGUGCCUUUGGGAAUGGAGAGUGGGCGGAUCAGUGACCUUCAGAUCACAGCCAGCUCUGUGGCUUCCAGCUGGUUCACUGGCCCCUGGCAACCUUGGUUCGCUCGUCUCAAUAAACAAGGGGCGGUCAAUGCCUGGCAGGCCAAGACAAACAACAUGCAGCAGUGGCUACAGGUUGAACUGAAGGACGUAAAGAAAAUCACUGGCAUUGUUACCCAGGGCGCCAAGUCCAUGGGCACAGAGAUGUACGUGACAGAAUAUACCAUAGAAUACAGCAAAGAUGGAAAAACCUGGAUAAAAUACAAGGAGGAUGAAGAUGACUUUGAUCAGAAGAUAUUUCCUGGAAACGAGGACAACAACGGCCACAUGAAAAACUACAUCUACCCUCCAAUCUUUUCACGGUUCAUAAGAAUUAUCCCUCGACGGUGGCAGAAAACAAUCACCAUGAGAAUUGAAUUGCUUGGGUGUGAUUUUGAAUAAGGAUAUGCGGAGCAGUAUAUUUCACCACAUAUCCAUACAUGCUCAUUUUUAUACACAGAUUAUAAAUCCAGGUUUUAUUUUUACAAGUUUUGGAUGCCUCCCUCCCCAUUCCUUUUUUUAAAUUUAGCUGUGAGCAUAAU